AUCCAGUAAUAAUUUACGAUGCAAUUCAGUUUGUAGCAAAGGCUUGGGAAAAUGUUACCGAAGAUAUAAUUAUUCAUGCAUGGCAAAAAACAGAAAUUCUUCCUUCAGCAGAUUUUGAAUCUUCAAUUGAACCUAAUGAUAAUGAAGAAGUUGAGUUAGAAGAACUUAUUAUGCAAUACCAAAAUUUAAAAAAUCCAGAAAAUUCUAAAUUAACAACUAGAUUAAAUCCAACAUGGCUUCUAUAUAUUCAAGAAACUGCAUAUGGCUUAUUUUGUACUUUUUAUCCAGAUUAUAAUCAAGACAUAUUUAUUGAUGAAUGGUUAAAUUACUCAAAUCAUGAGGGUCUAUUUUCUGCAUCAUCUAUCAAAAAUCCAAGUUUUACAAGAUUUUCAUUAAGAUAUUGGUGCACUAUAUUAAAUGUGGCUCCAAAUUUAAGCAAUAUACAUACAGAACAUCGUAACAGAUUAUCACCAAUACAGGCUGCAAAAAUGGCACAGGUCUCUUGUAGCGAUGACUAUAUUGAUGGUAAUAAUGAUGUAGAUGAAUUUAUAGUAAAUUUAAAUCAAAUUUCUGAAAAAUUAAUAGAUAAGAUUCAUGUACUUGACUUAAAUAGCGAAGAAACUAUUCCAGCACUCAUGGAUAUAUUUGAUUCUAAGAUUGUUGAAAGAUCAUUAAAU